ACGUGUGUCCAAGCGCGGUCGUUACCAUAUAUGGUCGAAACGGAGAACAACGAAAAAUACCAGAGCUGGACGUCCGUCCUUUGGGUGUCGCCUUCUAUUGACGGUGUCGAAAAAGAAGCCGUCACAGAGAGUAGUUCACCCAGCCAGGAUCCUCAAGAGCCAGUGAUUGCAGUGGAUGAUCAAGUCAUGGCUCCAAGAGGAGGUAAAAUUCUCAUGCUGCUUCUACUAGUUCCAGCACACUGUUUUGCACAAGAGAUCCUCCAUGCUCCCGAGAGUACAAACGUCUUUCUAAACCAAUCAGCAGUUUUUACAUGUGAGACAAGAGGCGGCAACACUCUGUGGAGAAUCAAUGGAACACAACGAGAGCUCCUUUUGCCUGUACUCUCUGAUCUGGUUGUCUCAGAGAGUACUACUUCUGAAGGUGUUUUGGUGGAGACUCUGACCAUCCCAGCCAGAGCCCAGUACAAUGGAACUACAGUUCAGUGUCUGUCAGAGGUAUUUGGUGUCUCAUCUGCUGAGAGUGACAAUGCCACUUUGGCCAUUCAAGGUCCACUGUCAGCAGUAGGUUAUUUGAAAGUUGAUGCUAAAAAUGCCACCUCUUCGACCAUCUUGUGGAGUGCUCCAUUCUCUCUGGAUGUGACUGAUGUUGAUCUUGAUAUCUGGUACUCUGUCCUCAUCUACAAUGUGACAGAUGAGAACAACCCAACAGCUAUCCUCUGUACUGACUGCAUCAAUAUCACUGAGACACACUACACCUUCGCUCCUGACUACCUCAGUCCUUGUCAUGUGUACAACUUCUCUGUCAUCCCCCUCAAUGGAGCUGGCCAGGGAGAGAGCAGUCCCAACAUUACUGAUGAAACCAAAUUUCCUGAAGUGGAAGUUGAAGCCCUGAAUGAUAGCCAUUGUGAAGUUGCAUUCAGUCAUGAGCAAGUGCACACUGUAUCUGUUUAUAAUGAUACGGUUGAAUUUGAUGCCAACAAUGGUACAAAUGGAACUGUUUUCAUUCUACCUGCUGAUAGAGAAUACAGUGCUACUAUUGAAGAUCCCAUGGCCUGUGGAAAAGAAAAGAAAAACAAAUUCACAACCUAUGAUGUUCAAGAGCCCCAUGCAGAGUCAACUGAUGGUAGAAAGAUUGUGGUAAACGGAGUGCUCAUUGGUAACUCACCUGCAAAGGGAUGCUUUGUAGUGAUUCAGUGCAAUUUCACUCAAAUUACCUUUAUUGCAUUGAAGCGUAAUGGAGAAAAUCGGAGACUCUCUGGGGCAAUCUCAAUGCCUAUGUCAAAUUACACUGUUUAUAUGCACGAUCUGGAGAAAGAUGGACUUCCCAACAUACAUCCAGCUAACCUUAUCCCUUUUAGUGUUGAUAUUACGCGUGGUGACGAAAAAUGUAAGUUCUUGUGGGUAUAA